UAACUUCCGACACUAAGGGAGACAACAACGUUUUACUGGUAUUAGACUGGUUUACGAUUUACGUCAUUGUAUAUAUCGCCUAUAUUACGAUGUCACAGUAACAGCUUUGUUGUCGUCUGGUAACGGAUGAACAAUACUAUAGUUAAGUUAGUCAAUAUAAUACGUUUAUUUCGUCAUGGGUCGCAUACGCAGGGGAGGUCAGUUCAUCAAGAAGGAUAAAUUAAAGCGCUCUUUGAGAAUGAAUAAUUUGAAUAGCCUCAGUCGGGAAGAUCACACUUAUACUCUCGCUAAUAAUUCGCAAGAUGCAAGUUUUUGUGAGUUGGACGUUGGACAAUUGGUGUCCGUUCACAGUGACCCUUCUUUUGACGAAACAUGGAAAGAAGGUCGUCGGGUAAUCGAACUGUUGCAUCUCGCACAGAAUCUCUUCUGCAAAAUGUGUAACUGUCCCUUGCAGUUAAUUGACACUGUCGGCGAACGGAAGUACGGCCUUGGUAGCAUUUUGUUCAUACCCUGUAGUAGUUGCAGUGCUUGUAACAGUGUGGAAACGGGAAAAAGAAGUGAGACUGGUGCAUUUGUAGUGAAUUCAAAAGUUGCAUUAGGAAUGAUACAUGCAGGAAUUGGGGCUACACAUGUCAACAAUUUUCUUGGUGCAUUGAAUGUUCCUCCUGUGAAUUCCUCCACCAUCAAGAAAAAGGAAAAUGAAAUUGGGAAAAAAAUAUUUGAAGUUGCCAGAGAAUCAUGUCAAUCAAAUCAAAAGAAGGAACAGUUAAUGAGUAAUGGAAAGGUGGAAGCCCGUUUUGAUGCAGGGUGGCAAAAGCGGGGUACUGGUUGGAAUUAUGAUAGUAAUACAGGACAUGCCAGCAUGCUAGGAACAAUGACGGGUACAGUCAUAGAUUUCUCGCAUAGAAGCCGUAAUUGCAGAGUCUGUGAGUACCAUAUGGGUAGGAAAGAGACAGUUCCCUCACACGAUUGCAGCAAGAAUUGGCAGGGAACAAGUAAAGGCAUGGAGCCUGAUAUGGCCUUAGAAAUGACCCAUAAUCUCAAUGAUAAUGGAUGCCCUAUUCAGGUUCUCCAUGCAGAUAAUGAUUCCACCACAACAGCAAGAUUGAAGGUUGAUUUCAAAGAACUGCAAAAAAAAGAUGAUCAGAAUCAUAUCAAGAAAGGUUUUUCAAAGAAACUGUAUGAUUUAUCUAAAACGUUUAAGGAAUUGAAACACACAGAAGUCAUACCAUAUCUUGACAAAGAAACCGGACAAGCUUUCCCAUGA